ACCUUACAAAACCUGAUAUUAGGACGCAAACAUCAAAACAAAGCGAGCCUCCUAUUGCUGCUGCCUGCCGCCUUUUCUUUUUUCUAUUCUUCUUCUCCUUCUUCCAUGGCUUCCUCUUCUAAGCUCAACAAAAAUGGUGUCCACCCUCCUUCUCAACCACAGCCGCAAGCACCUUCUGCUCCUCCACAUCAACAACUCUCCCUCAAAAAACCUAACACCUCCAUUAACAAACACAAAACAAAGCUUCACAAUUCCCUUAUUCCUUCAUCUACUAUCAAUGACGAUGUUCUUUCUACUUCCUCUCACCUCACUCGUCAAGAACUCCUUCGCCGUCGCCUUCAACGUAUUCGCCGGCUUUCCAAAGUUUACAGAGACCAUUAUUGGGCUUUAAUGGAGGAUCUAAGGGUUCAUUAUCGGGAAUACUAUUGGAAAUAUGGUGUUAGUCCUUGCAAAGUGGAGGAUGAGAGAGAAAGUGGUGGUGCUGAUAGAGAAUUUGGUGGUUGCAAUGUUGAAGGUUGUGGAGAAACCAACCACAACAAUAGUAUUGACGUAUUUGGUGGAAAUGGUGGCGGUUGCGGUAAAUUAGGGUUAGGGUUUGGAGAAAAUGCGUCGGAGUUGAAAUUGGGAGGGAAUAAUCAAUGUGCACUAGUAUCGUGUAAGUUGAAGGCUAUGGCGUUAACUAGCUAUUGCUAUUUGCAUAUUUUGUCUGAUCCUCAACAGAAGCUUUACAAGGCUUGCAACUUCAUGAUCAAGAUUGCACAGCAAGGACCAAUAUUAUGUGGGAGGCCGAUAUUAAAAUCUACCAUUCCGUCACUAUGUAACAUCCACUUCCCAAAGGCUCAGAAAGAUGUCAAACAUGCUUUGAAGAAAGCAGGUCUAAAUGUUUCAUCUUCUAGUAAACUUGCACCGAAGUUCCAUGUUGUCAUAGCAGAGUAUGUUCACCAGAUACAGGCAAAGAGGAGGGCGGCUCAGAAGCAUAAGUGUAAGACUGUUGUUGUAAAAGAAGAAUUACCCACCUGACCAGCAUUUUCGAUUGGGAACACCUUACUGGGCUAUUCUUGUGCAGCUGAAUAGAGUGGAGGUUUAAAGCUGUUCAAUGUUUCUGUAAGGAGACAUGCCAUCAUGCUACAAGCAACAUCAUCUACUUGAGGUACUCCCCGGGCUUGCUCAAUCUAUGCGUUAGCACUUGUGUAUCUUCUUCAAACCUGAAAUUUUCUGCUUUUGUCACCUGUAUAAGUUGUGCUGAUAUGCCUUGAGAACCUUUUGUCCUGAUUAAACCAUCACAGUUUAGCUGCGGAUGUCAGCAUGUUUAUGUUUAUGUCUAAAUGUGGGGUUUACCUUUGUUGUAAUUUGUAACAUUGUUGUUUAAACCUUUUUACGGCUUGCCUAGAAAGUUAAUGUAAAUAUGAAAGUUUAUUGUCA